AUGAAUCAAAAACGUGAAAUUGAUCUCAGUAAGGCUUAUGACACGGUCGACUGGAAUUUUGUGGAAGAUUUACUUAGGUUGCUCUGCUUUCCUUCUCGAUUUAUCAACUGGAUUAUGACCUGCUUGAAAGGUACUAGUUAUCAUCUGUUGCUUAAUGGAAGAAUCCAAGGCUCCUUUAAAGGGAAGAAAGGCCUCCGUCAAGGUGACUCGAUGUCCCCGUUACUCUUUGUCCUAGUUAUGGAAUACCUCACUAGGUUGCUGAGCUACUACUCUAGUAAAAAGGGCUUCGGGUUUCACCCCUUAUGCAAGCAUCUUCGUUUGACCAACUUGUGUUUUGCGGAUGAUCUUGUUAUCUUCUGCAAAGGAAAUAUCAACUCGAUGAGGUUAAUCUUUGAAGCUUUCACUAAGUUUUGUAAUGAUACAGGGGUUCGGGAAGAGAUAAAAGCUGUGAUUCUUGAUAUAGUGCAGAUAGAGGAAGGAAGGUUUCCGCUGAAGUACCUCGGAGUCCAGCUUAGACCAACUAAAUGGAAGGCUUCUGAUUGUGGGAUCAUUCUUGACAAACUGAACAGAAAUCUGAAUUGUUGGGCGAGUAGAAAUCUGUCCUUUGCUGGAAGGGCGCAGUUGAUUCACUCGGUGUUGCUUGGUAUUAGAAAUUAUUGGAUGAGCAUAUUCAUCAUUCCUUCCAAAAUAACAGCAGCCAUUGAUAAAAGUUGUCGUGACUUUCUUUGGGAAAAAUCAGGGAAUAAGAGAAAACUCCACCGAGCUUCUUGGGAAAAGGUGUGCCUCCCUAAAAAACUUGGGGGAGUUGGUUUUCGGGAAGGAAAAAAGUGGAACAAGGCUUUGUUGGCUAAGUACCUGUGGGCGCUUUCUAAGAAGGAGGAUUGCUUAUGGGUCAAGUGGAUUAAUUCAAUCUAUUUGAAAGAUCAAAGCAUAUGGGGUUAUGCAAAGAAGGACGAUGCAAGUUGGUACUUCAGGAAGAUUUUGAGCAUAAGAGAGUACUUGGAUGAGGCUAAACUCCAACAAGCUGCUAGGGGAGAUAAAUUCAGCACCAAAAAUUGCUAUAAUUAUCUUGUGGAAGAGAUUCCGAUUGCCUAUGCAAGUGCAAUUCGGGAUACUCUUGUGAUCCCAAAACAUAGAUUCAUAUUCUGGCAGAUUGCAAACUCUCAAUUGCUUACUCGGGAUUAUCUUCAUCGCAUAAUGGUCUUUGUAGCAGUCAAUAGGUGGCUGGGGGACUUCCAUUGGCCUCGUUCGACUGCUGAAUUGCUUCAGUACUGCUGCAACGCAACCAGAGAUCUGACAAAGCGCAUUUUAAAUGCGGUCAUGGCUGUUGUGUUGUAUCUUUUGUGGAAGAACAGAAACAGGUUGGCAUCACGCUCUUAUGCCCGAUGGAUAACAGGGAGUUCCUAUGAUGUGGAGUCGGCACAUGUUUCUUGA